CACAAUUGAGUCAACAACAGUGUAAAAGAGGAGGGGAGACGUUGCUAGUCCACUCAUAACAAGCCUGUCUGCUUUCAGCCCCAGCAGCCAAGUCAGUCACUAUUGGGCGUGCUGACCCUGGAACCAACCACCCAGUUAUCUCUCUCUUUCACUCUCCGUGUGACCGAGGACAGCCAAGGCGAAAGGGGACCGCUCAUAACACCACACGGCAGUCCUCCAUGGCUAUGUGCAACGGAGACGGCAAGCUGCAGAUCAGCAGUGCGGAGCAGAAUGGGUCAUACGAAGGAGCCGUGGCCAUCCUGGAUGCUGGCGCUCAGUAUGGCAAGGUGAUUGACAGACGGGUGCGAGAACUUUGCGUACGGUCUGAGAUCCUCCCCUUGGAGACCCCUGCCUUUAAUAUAAGAGAACAAGGAUACAGGGCAAUAAUAAUUUCAGGAGGGCCCGCCUCUGUGUAUGCAGAAGAUGCGCCAUGGUUUGACCCGACUAUAUUCGCUAUAGGAAAGCCUGUCCUUGGGAUUUGCUAUGGAAUGCAGAUGAUGAAUAAAGUUUUUGGCGGCACAGUACACAAAAAAUGUGUCCGGGAAGAUGGCGUCUUUAAUAUUGGGGUGGACAACACAUGCUCCCUUUUCAGAGGCCUCCAGAAAGAGGAAGUGGUUCUGCUGACCCACGGAGAUAGUGUGGAUAAAGUGGCUGAUGGCUUCAAAGUGGUGGCCCAAUCAGGAAAUAUCAUUGCUGGCAUUGCCAAUGAACAGAAGAAGCUGUACGGAACUCAGUUUCACCCCGAAGUCGACUUGACAGAGCGCGGCAUGGAGAUGCUACGCAACUUCCUCUUUGAGAUCGCGGGGUGCACGAGUAACUUUACUGUACAGAACCGCCAGCAAGCCUGCAUCAGUGACAUCAGAGAAAAAGUCGGCAAGUCCAAAGUGCUGGUGCUGCUUAGCGGCGGUGUCGACUCAACGGUGUGCACGGCUCUACUCAACAAAGCUUUGAACCAGGACCAAGUGAUUGCGGUUCACAUCGACAACGGCUUCAUGAGGAAGAGAGAGAGCCAAAGCGUGGAGGAGGCCCUCACUAAAUUGGGCAUCAAACUCAAAGUGGUGAAUGCCUCACACACGUUCUACAAUGGAACAACAACGCUUCCCAUCUCGGAUGAAGACCGGACGCCCCGGAAACGCAUCAGUAAGACCUUGAAUAUGACCACCAACCCGGAGGAGAAAAGGAAAAUCAUUGGAGAUACCUUCGUCAAGGUGGCGAACGAAGUGAUAGGAGAAAUGAAUCUAAAACCAGAGGAGGUUCUUUUGGCUCAGGGAACACUGAGACCCGAUCUUAUUGAAAGCGCCUCUCAUCUCGCCAGCGGGAAGGCAGAGGUCAUCAAAACGCAUCACAAUGAUACGGAACUCAUCCGCAAACUUAGAGACGAGGGAAAAGUAAUCGAACCAUUGAAAGAUUUCCAUAAAGAUGAGGUGAGAGCGCUUGGGAGAGAGUUGGGCCUGCCAGAGGAGAUUGUCUCCCGACACCCUUUCCCUGGUCCAGGUCUUUCCAUCAGAGUAAUUUGUGCAGAGGAGCCAUACAUCUGCAAAGACUUUGCUGAAACAAACAACAUUCUCAAAAUCGUGACGGACUUUUCUGCAAGCGUCAAAAAGCCACAUGCCUUGCUGCAGAGAGUCAAGUCGUGCAUAUCAGAUGAGGAGGAAGAGAAGCUCAUGCAGAUCACCAGCCUUCAUUCACUUAAUGCCUUCCUGCUGCCCAUCAAAACUGUUGGUGUCCAGGGAGAUUGCCGCUCUUACAGUUACGUGUGUGGCGUCACAAGCAAAGAAUCACCUCAUUGGGAAUCUCUCAUGUUCCUAGCAAGACUCAUCCCUCGCAUGUGCCAUAGCAUCAAUAGAGUCGUGUACGUAUUUGGCUCUCAUAUGAAGGAGCCACCAACAGACAUCACUCCAACCUUCUUGACCACAGGUGUUCUUGGUACGCUCAGACAGGCGGACUUUGUCGCUCAUUCUAUCCUCAGAGAGUCUGGCUACUCUGGAAAGAUCAGCCAGAUGCCGGUCAUCUUGACGCCCCUGCACUUUGACCGUGACCCACUGCAAAAGCAGCCAUCAUGCAGACGCUCUGUAGUGGUCCGUACCUUCAUCACCAGCGACUUCAUGACUGGGAUUCCUGCAACACCCGGGAACCAUAUCCCAGAGGAGGUGGUGCUAAAAAUGGUCAACGAGAUCAGGAAGAUCCCAGGCAUCUCCAGAGUCAUGUACGACUUGACCUCCAAGCCACCUGGCACCACAGAGUGGGAAUGAAAACAAAAACAAACCUUAAAACGACACAACAUGGCACUGACACGGUGCACAAACAACAGUUAUCAGAGAAAGGCGGAUGAACUUCCCAACCUCUUCUCUCCUCCUCUGUACACCCCUUAAACCCCGCUUUUUUCGUCAACAUUCCCAUGGACGAUAAACCAGGCUGUGACGGGCGCACUUCCAGUCGUGCGUCUAUUCUAGUCAAUCCCUUGUCUUAACAGUUUUAGCAGUAGGGAUUGAUUCACAUAUAGUAAUUAUCGUAACUUUUUGUUCACAUUGAAAACUUACCCCCUGUUGAAAAAGCAAACUGUUACAUCACUACGGAGUGGCCACAUGCUGUGUACAUUUAGACUGUGGACUCGUGCUGCUUUGCAGUAUGAGCAAACAAUACACAAAUGUUGCAAAAUCAGCAAAAAAAGAGGGUUUGUUCAUGUAUUUUUUGUGUGUGUCUUACUGUUGUGGGUCUCAGUGUUUCCACCUUCUUACCUGUAUACUGUGCUAUAAAGACAGCCUGUCCUAUUGAACGGACAAACAAUGUCAAUGUGUGACCAAUUAACAUUUUCUAAGCUCUGUUUUGCCAAAAGUACUGUAGAAGAAGUACUGUUAUCCUGAGAUAAACUUGGUCUGAAGCUGUGCAGGAGGCCAAAAUGAUAGGUAACUUUGUAUGUGCCUGUUUUUUUUUUUCUCCUCUAUGGUUACCUGUUUUUGAACCCUGAUGUUCCCACAAAGCAGAAAUACAGAAUAAUACCUUAUCCUUAUGCUGCGAUAUGUAUGCUUUUUAAAUACUAAUUACAGAAAUAGUACAUAAUCACUUGUAAAUUGUGGUUGUCUUGUACAAGAGCACAUCUUUGCACAUUUGUUGCUUAUUGACCCGUAACGCCUUCAAGCUUUUAUCAGUAUAACUUAAGGUGUGGCCAUAUGAAAUACUUCAGAAUCUAAUACUGUUGACUGCAACUUUUUUUUGUUUUGUUUUUUCAAAUGUAGUUUAACUUUGUUUUUCUUGUUCUGUAUUGAUUUUUCCUUCAGUCACAUCACAUGAGGUUUAGGUUUAUCUGAAUUAAAAAAAAAAAAAAAUCACACUCUGCAAGGAAGGUGGUUCUCCGUUCUUUUUAAAGUUAGCAACGGUUAUGACAACAGGGUUUCUUCUCUUCUUUGUCUGCCUUUUUAAAUGUAUAUUUUUAUGUCUCCAUGGAAACAAAAUGCAUCAUAUCAUAUGAUCUUUUUACUUUCUGGUUGGAUUAAAAUGCAGUGUCCACAUGAUUAAGUUAUGCAAUUUCUAUGUGUGAAUUUUAUUUCAUAGUGUCAUCUUGCUCAUUCUCCUUUUUAGUAAUGUGCCUCAAACCAAGCCACUGCAUGCAGUUUCAACAAUGACAUUUAUACUAUGAAAACUGAGCUUUAAUAAAGA